GACCCCCCAGAUCCUGACGCACCCAUUCUCCGUCUUCCCUCCCUCCCUCCCGAUGCGGCCGCUCUCUCUCCCCCGACGCGCCGCCGUCCGCACCUCCCGACGCGCCACCGUCCUCCGCCUUCCCCCGCAUUCCGCUCAGCCACCGCCCUCUCCUCCUCCCCGCCACCCUCCGUCGUGGCGAAUCCACCUCCAGAUCGAGAAGGGGAGGCAGCGUACGUCGCAUCCACGCACCAGAUCGAGCAGCGGCGCUCCCAGAUCGAUCCAUCUCCGUCGUCCUCGCGGUUGACGCCCAUGUCCUCCUCAAGGACGGCCGUCUCCAUGAUCCACCGCCACCCUUUCCCUCCUCCCUCACCGCAUCUCACAUGGCGCUGGGAUCUUCCAGAUCGAGCGCCGGCAGGGUAGGCGCCUCCGCCGCCCAAGUCCAAGACCCCGCCUCCGCCGCCGGCAGGGAUCUUCCAGACCAGCGCAAGGUCUUCCGCGUCGCUAACCACGCCGGGGCCGCGCUCGCCGGCCUCACCACGAUCUUCCUCCACGAGCUGCAGCCCAUCCUCACCAACCACCUGCAGACCCAGACCGCCACCACCGGCAACGCAUGCAUCGUGGCCUGCGGCGCCGCCGCCGCCAAGGACCACCUCUUCAAGGAGCAGCCGGGCCUGGUCACCAUCGCCAUGGAGGAGAUCCUCUGGUUCGCGGCGUCCGUCGGCGGUGCCGUCAGGGUGUCGUCGUACCAGGUGCUGCAGGAGGGCUAGUUCAUGUAGCUUACUUCCUGUUUGUCGUUUUGGUGGCUUGCCAUUUUAUUUACAGCAUUGUGGAUGAUGCCAUUAUCCUAGUUUUCACAUUUAUAUUAGUCACUUAAACAAGGCUGGUUUAAGUUGAGUUGUUCUGCUGCUGAUGGCAAUACAAGCCAAUAGAUCUCACAUGCAAAAAUUCUACAGAUUUUGCUAGGUUAAUGUUGAGUUGGGGCUAUUGCCUGCAUAUGCAAAAAUUCAACAGAUUUACAGCAUUGUGGAUGAUGCCAUUAUCCUAGUAAUGAAGCAGAGAUACUUACUUGUGCAGGCAAAGGUACAUACUGUUGAUGCCACUGGAUUGAUCAGUUGGCACAUAUACAAGGAUGAAUACAGCCGUUUAGUUAGUUUCCAUGAUUGGUUUAUUUGUGAUUCGUUCUAUCUCUGAUGGUUACCUUGCUUGUGUCUGAACCUGUAUGAUAAGCUAAUAUAUUUUCCAGAAAUGGCUUGGGAACCUGUUUGGUUCCGACUAGCCACCUAUUACGCAGCUAGUUCCAUGAGUAUUUAGUCUUCUGUCCCCUUUUCUGGUACUGAUUUUCCACAUAAUGUUCAUGAUGCGUCAUAUCUCAUGUCGAAGUACUUUGCUGUGAUGCUUUGUUUUGGGGUCAGUCAGUAAUACUCUGAACAAGAGCAUAAACAUAUAUGAUUGUGUUAUAUUAAUUGAUUGCAUGCCCUCUUGGAUUCUGUUUUUGCCUGCUGCAUGUGUGCUGGUAGUUUUUGCAUAGUGUUGGCCGCGGGGUCUGGCCAGCGAUGUCGGGUCGUUGGUCGGACAGACAAUCAGAUUUAGUUUUGGUAGAUUUCGUUGAUUGCUGGUACUGUGUUGACGCAACCUCGAAUGCCUUUCUAUGUUUUCAUGCGCUGAUACUGGUACCCAAGAGCGUAUUGUCACAGGAGAUGCCUGGUUUUCUCAACCUGACCUUAUUGUUCUUUACACAAUUUUCAACUUCUUUUUACAGUUUAUUACAAUUUUUGCAUAUCUUGUUUCCUGUCUUUGGGUUUGCAAUCAGGUUGCACAGAGCCAGCCGGAUAGGACACCCAGAUCACGCAACAAGAAGCGGUGGGCCUCGCGAGUUCGCCGUGCAAUUUUGCCCUCCGUCUGCGUCCUGGCGCUGACCUCCUCUGUUGGCCUCUCUUUUGACAUGCACAACGGCCGCUGUUUUACAAAGGAUGGGAACGAGGCAAGCCGUGCUUUGGCUCCUCGGGCUCCGCUGGUACGAUCUUGCACGAAAUUUGUACUUGCUCAGCUCCGAUGUAUGAUAAGUAUGACUGAGCUGGAACGGGGCCUCGGCACUCGAACUGGGCACCAAAUGUUCAUCUUUUGUA